GUUGCGGUUGGCAGCGAUAACGCUAAUCAUCUACAGCUGCCGUCUGUGGCGAACGAUCAAACAAGAUGUCACGCGAAUUUUUGUAACAUGUCCACUCCGCAGAAAUGGCUAAGGCAAUAAAAUUGACAAUGUCACUCACUCAGUACCUUCAGCAGCAGAAGAUGUCAGGGACCACCUCUGUUCCGUACCACCAAGUCUUUUAAAGAGAACGACAAUGACUGAAACACGCAUGGAGUCAGGCUGCCCAUGUUCAACGAGAAUGAGUUCCUUGGAGACAACUGAUCCAUCAUGCUGUGAAUGCUCAAAAAGGAAAGAGGAUCCUAAACCCAUCAGAAAGAAGAUCAAGAGCAAGCCCGACGAAUUCAACCCCCAACCAUACAAUUUCCGCCUGCAGCAGGAGGGCCAAGGCCCACGAGUACGCGCUCCGCCUUUCCACGUGCAGUUGGACCACACCAUCGCCGUGCUCUGGAAUCUGUUUCGUCAGCCUAACAACGCUCCAGACGUUGGUCAUCUCCAGUGGGCGAAGCACUUCCUGCAGAGGAUCCGUAACAACCAUGGUGACAUGCCUAAAGACGUGGAGGCGAUUGUCAAGGCCAUACAGCAGCGCAUCUUAUCGCUGUACGCCGACCUCAGCAAAAUUACGGCAUACAAGGCCCCUACCUGCUGCAGUACAGAUCCAGAGCACUGUCAAGCAAAACAGUCGGUGACGUUCACUGAGAUGGUGAAGCAGAAGCCAGAGGUCGUUCAGGAGCUGUUUUGUGUAGAGAAUUUAACACUCGCCGAAUCGUGCAGCUCACAUGUAGAAUGUGAUUGUCAAACCUCAAAGGACGAAAUGGCGAAGUAUCUGAAACAACAACGUGCAGAGCGAGUACGAAUCAUACAUGCAGAACUGAAGCGUCUGCAGGAGUUAGACAAGCUCAUGGGCAAUGUUGGUGAAAGUGGCAUAGACGGAGUUGAUGUGAAAGCCUUAAAGCAAAUUGAAAGUGGAAGGGCAUCUACAUCUAGCAGAGCAGAUGAACCUAGUACUUCUAGCAAGCAAACGGAAGAACCAAGAACAUCCCAAGCAGGAAGAUCAGUAACAACUAUUCCGUCAGGAAGAGACAUAGCAGAAGGGAAUCUCAUAGACUUAUGAUAGUCUAUAGACAAUAUUCCAGUGUCGUGUAUACAUGUGUCAUUAAUAUUACCAAUACACGAACCUGAAAGGUAGACUGUUGUAAUUAUGAUUAACAUAAAAUUGUUGAAAGAUU